AUGUUGCAGCCGAUGAGAUUAGGCUUUCUGGCAAUUCUGUCGCUGCUAUUAGUUGUGACGCAUUUACCCAGAGCAUUUACAUCUCCGCUGGAACUUUCUGAGAGAGAUUCAAGCAGCGAUGGAUCCCAUGGCCAUAUUGCUCCCGGGAAGCUGGGAGCGGUUGCUAGUGAGAGCUCGAUAUGUUCCAAGCAUGGGACUGAUAUUUUGAAGAUGGGAGGAAAUGCGGCCGAUGCUUUGGUUGCAACGGAAUUUUGCAUCGGCGUUAUUGGAAUGUAUCAUAGUGGGAUUGGCGGCGGGGGUUUCAUGCUUGUCAAGGCCCCAAAUGGCACCUAUGAAUUUAUCGAUUUCCGAGAGACAGCCCCAGCCGCAGCCUUUGAGGAUAUGUAUAAAAAUAAUGAAGAGGCUUCUAUCUAUGGUGGUCUAGCCAGUGGCGUACCAGGUGAAGUCCGAGGCCUCGAACACCUCCAUAAGAGAUACGGUUCCCUUCCAUGGUCGACAGUUAUCCAACCCGCAAUCCGUACUGCGCGCGAAGGCUUCCCCGUUACAGCAGACCUGGUCAAAUACAUGAAAUCGGCCGUCGGUGACGGGGAAGAUUUCCUAACCAAGAACCCAACAUGGGCCAUUGACUUUGCGCCCAAUGGAACCAGGCUCGGGCUCGGCGAUACUAUUACUCGGCGUCGGUAUGCCGAUACUCUCGAGGCCAUCGCGGAGCGGGGCCCGGAUGCAUUCUACACGGGACCUAUUGCCGAGACUAUGAUUAAUGCGUUGCAGAGUGAGAAUGGAACUAUGACGCUGGAUGAUUUGAGCAAUUAUACUGUUGCUAUUCGGAAUACUUCGCAGAUUGACUAUCGCGGGUACAAGGUUACCAGUACUUCUGCCCCGUCUAGUGGCAUUGUUGCUAUGAGUAUCCUGAAGAUCCUGGGGACAUAUAAGGAUUUCUUCUCGACUGAGGAGGAUGUUCAUCUGAGCACUCAUCGAAUGGAUGAGGCGAUGCGAUUUGGGUAUGGAGAGAGAUCCAACUUGGGCGAUCCUUUGUUCGUCGAGGGUAUGGCUGAAUAUGAAACGGAGAUGCUUGCCCAGUCUACGAUUGACGAGAUCAGAUCAAAGAUCUCAGAUAUCCGGACCCAAAAUGUUUCCGCUUAUGACCCAUCCGGACUCGAAAGUCUGGAUACACCUGGGACUUCUCACAUCGCUGCCGCAGAUCACACUGGUCUUGCAAUCUCAGUCAUUACCACAAUCAACCUCUUGUUUGGCAGUCAUGUCAUGGUUCCUGAAACGGACUUCUCCAUCCCCGGAUCAUCCAACCAAUUUGGGUAUAUCCCAUCUGUGGCAAACUACGUCCGACCCGGCAAACGGCCUCUAUCCUCCAUCACACCAGCUAUAGUGACUCGACCUGACGGUAGUCUUUUCCUGGUUGCCGGAUCCGCAGGAGGCAGCCGUAUCAUCACUGCGACUGUACAGAACAUCAUCCACUCCAUCGAUCAAGGCCUCUCGGCCGCAGAAUCUUUGUCGAAGCCUCGUUUGCAUGAUCAGCUGGUGCCCAACCAGGUCAGCUUUGAGUACGCUUAUAAUAACGAGACGGUUGCUUUCAUGGAGGCCCGUGGCCACAAUGUCACUUGGGUUGCUCCCGGCCAGAGCACCGCUCAACUUAUCCGCAUCUUGCCUAAUGGUACUUUUGACGCAGCUGGUGAGCCGAGACAGCUGAACUCGGCUGGAUACUCUGUUUAG